CUUGCAUAUCGAUCCAGCGUUAUAUGAGAUCACUAUUGCUAUUCAAAGAAACUUAGGCUAAACUUCUGAAAGGGACUGAAAUGGACUCCAGGUGCCUGCUAUUUCUUAGCUUGUGGACUGUGACUAUUGGCACAGCGCAGGGGUGCCCUGAGCCAUGUAACUGCAUGGAUAAAUUCUCCGUGCAGCUCGCAGACUGCGCGUCCAAAGAUCUGCUUUCUGUGCCCGUGGGUCUGCCAUCCAAUGUGACGACCCUCAGCCUGUCUGCAAACAAGAUCCAGGUGCUCAAGUCCAAGAGUUUUAUCAAUGUCACCUUGAUUACCUCUCUGUGGCUGGGGCACAAUGCCAUUGUCACCGUGCAGCGGGACACACUGGCACCGUUGGUCAACCUAAGGAAUCUGGAUAUCAGUCACAAUAAAAUCGUUAACUUUCCAUGGGAAGACCUGGUCAACCUCACUGCCUUGCAACUUCUGAAAAUGAACAACAAUGAGAUGGUACAUCUGCCCAAAGACGCUUUUCUCACCCUCCGAGAACUGAGGUCUCUCCGUAUAAACAAUAACAAGUUUGCCAUCAUUGCGCAGGGCACUUUCGAGUCCCUGAGUUUGUCUCAUCUCCAGAUUUACAACAACCCUUUCACUUGCUCCUGCAGCCUGGAGUGGCUUAGGGACUGGAUCAAAAGUUCCAAAAUUUCCGUGCCAGAGCAAGAGAAUAUAGCAUGUGAAUUACCCGAGAACCUGAAAGGGGUCUCUGUGGUCAAGAUGCCCAACAUGGAUUGCAAGGCCCCUACCGUUUCCAUCACAUACCAACCCAACAUUGAGAAUACCGAAAUUCACGAGGGGCAGUUGGUCAUUCUGAACUGUGAGACCAAAGGCAGCCCGAUGCCAGAGAUGACGUGGGACGUGGAGAGUGGCAAACUGCACUUUCAAUUCGCAUUGCCCGCCAUCGUGGAAAACCAGGAUGUUCCGAUCAACGACGCGACAACAAACACACGCUUUCAGGUGUUCCGAAAUGGCACCCUAAUCAUCCCAGGCAUGAGCAAGAAGGAAGAUGGCAACUACACCUGCUCUGCCUCCAAUGAAAUGGGAACAGCAAACACCACGGUGAAAGUGGUGAUGGCUGGCGCCCAGAAACACAUCCAGACCUCCAUGCUGGAUCCUACUGCUGGCAAGGGGCGCCCUGUCCUCACCAAACCCGGGCCAAAGUCCUCCAUCAACAAUGUCAUCAACCGAGACAAAUCAGGGGAAAAGCCAAAACUGUUGCCAACCGGGUCAACGUCUGUCACGGCGGACACGGAGAACGCAAAGGAUUUGCCCUUUGACAAAUGUGGUAUAAACGACGGCACGCACUACGUAUCUAAUGAAGCUUUCAAUAGCACCCUGGGUCAGAUUAAACAGUACACUUUCGAGUUCGGGGUGAUAGCCCUGGAGGUGUCAGAGACAGAGGCCAAGGUGCAGCUCAACCCGCUGCAGAUGGCCAACAGCAAGACCAACCUCCAGAUGAGCCACACCCAAGACCUGCAGACCGUUGAAAAGGAGCCGUUUAGCCUGACUCAGACCAUCACCAAGAAGUCCACUUUGGAUCGGCUCUACCUCUGUGUGAGCACAGGCAACGGUCACUCAAUAGUGGAGACAUCCACGAUUAGAGAGGGUAUCAACGCAUACCGUUUUGGUGGCUUACAGCCCGGUACCACUUACACACUCUGUCUCUCAGAUGCGAGCAGGGAGUGCCAGGUCCAGGUUGUAUUUACCACCAGAAAGAAAAUUCCCUCACUGCUUAUAAUUGUGGUAGUUAGUAUUUUCUUGCUGGCCAUGGCUACCGUGCCCCUGCUUGGUGCCACCUGUUGCCACCUGCUGUACAAGUACCAGGGUAAAACCUAUAAGCUCAUAAUGAAAACACAGAAUCCCGACCAAAUGGAGAAGCAAAUAACACAUGACUUUAACCCAAGGGCCUCUUUCGUCGAGUCAGAUAAGAAUUUUAACCCGAGUGAGCUGGGUGACGUGGAGGGUGAGGCGGACGGCGAGGAGGAGGAUGACGGUGAAGGUGAGGUUGAGGGCAGUGUGGUUACAGAAUCCAUUCCCGGCUCGCAGUCCAAAACGCAGGAGGAAUUUGAGGUUGGCUCAGAGUACAGUGAUAGGUUGCCCUUGGGCGCGGAGGCUGUGAAUAUUUCAGAGGAAAUUAACGGCAAUUACAAGCAGUCUGGGCGUUAAGUCCCUCUCUCAUUACCCGUCAAAUAUCUUGUAAAAUAUAAACUAAUGAUAACCUACUAUCAACCAGAAAAUCUACCAGUUGUUCCACGUGUAAUCGCCAUAACAACGGCGGUUUGCCUAGUUUACCUCAAUACAGUGACAAACGUUAUGGCCAAACUAUGUAAAUGCUUUGUAUAUGACAGGCAGAGUGAGCGCUCUAGAAUGAGACUGAGCGCUCCAGGGAGAUGGGCGAAUUCAACCACUUUGGAAAGGCAAACCGAUAUGAACACAGACUGUGUAUAUUAAACAAACGAAAAUGUGGGGAAGCCAAAAAAUAAAAGUUGUUUGUCAUCAGUGUUUACACUUUCACCGUGUGGAAGGAAACGAAACAAAGGGCGUAGGCAAGCUUAUUACGUGUGGGUCAGCGUUCGCUUCAGCAGUUUCAUUGCUGGACAGCGACGGCACAUAAGCACAGGUCCAUGCACUGACUGUUCGUUCCAUUGUUCUUCAAGACCUUAGGCAAAUUUCACUUUACCUGUUGUCACGGCAUGUACAGUGCUUGGAAAAAAGUUGAUCCAAGCCAGUUUCAACUGACGUCGUUAAAUGUAAUGUGAGACUCUAGAAAGUGUGACUUUAACCUCUUUUACGAACGGGUGCUAUCCCCCCACCUCUCUGGGUUGAUUCUGAACGUGUCCUUUCUCUUUGAGAUACUUGUUCGUGGCAUGUCACACAUAAGUAUUUUAAUGUGUGUUCGUUAGAAAAUAGGA